AUGGAAGAAGACUCUUCCUCGCUCCGCGUAACAACCGCGUCUCCGUCCGCGCCGCCAUCCAGUGGCAUGCUGUCACCACGAAACGAGUUUUUUGUAUCUCAACGUGCCGCUGCAGACCUUGAACUCAGUCGCCUCGAUACAUUAUCACUAGAAGAGCAAGAAAUUCUGGCCAAUAUCCAAGAGCUUCAGCUUCAGCUCAUGCAACUUCGUGCUGAAGAAGAGGCAGAAAGUGAUAAAGACACGACAGAUAAAGCAGUCAGCUCUAGUGGUGGCCAUCAGCUUAUCGUCGUGUCUAAUAAUCUGCCCGUGAUUUUGGAACGUCAGCCGCAGACUGGACGAUGGAAAGCCACGAAAACAACAGGCGGUUUAGAUAAACUCAUGUGUUUAACGGGUGUGCGAGCCGAGAUGAGCUUUUUGUGGGUUGGAUGGGUAGGCCAACACAUUCCCAAAAAACCUGCGCCCUUUAUGUUGACUGCUGGAAACAAUUCGAGCUUUCAAUCGACAAAACGAUUCAACAAACAAGAUUGGCGAGCUUAUGAGUCAGCAAAUGAAAGUUUUGCUGAUGCGAUUGCUGAGAUAUACAAUGAAGGAGACUCUGUGUGGGUACAUGACUAUCAUCUGAUGCUACUGCCGUCGCUGCUGCGUCAACGUAUCCCACUGUGUCGGAUUGGAUGGUUCUUGCACACGCCAUUUCCAGCAUCGGACGUAUACUGUCGUCUGCCUGUGCGUUCUCAGCUGCUGACAGGAGUUUUGCAGGCAGAUCUUCUGGGCUUCCAGACUUUUGACUAUGAACGUCAUUUUCUGUCAACAUGUCAUCGACUUCUAGGCGUCGAGUGUUCGCACAAAGGCGUCCGCAGUACUCUCGCUGAUCGAGAACAUUUUACAUCGAUUGGCGUGUUUCCUAUUGGAAUCAGUCUGGAACCAUUUGCGCGAACAGCAUCCAGUCUAUCGACGCUCAAUCGAGUGAACGAAUUGCACGAUAAAUUUGGCGGGAAACGCAUCAUUUUAGGAAUUGAUCGACUUGAUAACAUUAAAGGAAUACCGCAUAAAAUGCUCGCGAUGGAAAUGCUUCUAGACCGUUUUCCAGAGUGGCAGCACAAUGUCGUAUUAGUGCAGAUUGGCAUCUCGUCGCGUUCUGAAGUAGUUGACAGCAAGACCAGUGGCGCAACCGGCAAAAACGACAAGACUCGGCAACCCAGUGUCAGCAACUCAAGUGGAGAGAACAAAACUGCAGUUCCUCGAUCACCCUCGUAUCCGAUUAUUGGAACGAGGAACUCUGCUGGUAGUGACAGUCCAAUUAAAGGUCUGUCAGAAUCUCCGCCAAUCGAUGCGAGUCCAGUUGCAGCUGGAAAGGGCAGUAAUUUCGGGGAAGACGCCUGCCACCAACUCGAAAUGAGCUCGCACAGCUAUCACAAUAUUGUAACUCAAGUGAACCAAAUUGUGGGGCGUAUCAACGGCAUUUUUGGCACUCUGGACUACGCACCGAUUCACUUUAUCCAGCAACAAGCGACUUUGCAUGAAGAAUUAUGUGCGCUUUACGAUCUGGCUGAUGUUUGUCUGGUGACCUCUACGCGCGAUGGAAUGAAUUUAGUGUCUCACGAGUUUAUUGUUUGCCAGCAACAUUUCAUGCGUAACAAGGAUGAACGUAAGAAAGCUGCUCGUGCGGCCGCGGGAGGAUCUAGUAGCAGUAGCGUUAGGACUGAUGGCGGAUCAACCUCUGAUCAUAUGGUCGGAAAGUCUGAAGAAGUUGGUAGCUCGAUCGUAGCUGGAGAAGAUGCAACGAAGGAUGGAGUGCUUUCUGCAAUUUCGUCUCCACGGCAAUCGUCAGCUUCUGUGCUGACGGAUUGGAAAGGUGAAGAUGGCGGACCUGGUGUGCUGGUAGUGAGCGAGUUUGCAGGCUGCUCGCAGUCGCUAAGUGGCGCGAUGGUCAUUAACCCAUGGAAUACAGAAGAUGUAGCGCUGAGUAUUCACCAAGCUUUGAGUAUGUGUCGUACCGAGCGCGAGAUCCGUCAGCAAAAGCUUUAUCGCUAUGUUUCAUCGAAUACUGCUACAGCGUGGGGGAAACAGUUUUUGCAAGAGCUUGGUGAAGCUGUAGAGAAAAAUCGUAAAUCAUCAACUCAGCUACCGAAGCUCGACAAGAAGAAUAUUGUGCAAGCCUAUCGGAGCGCACAUAAUCGUGUGAUCAUCUUGGAUUAUGAUCGAACUCUGAUACCACAGCACUCUCUUCUUCCACUUGCUGCGGUCGGACCCAAUUUCAAGUCGCUACUUGAUGCACUUACUGCCGAUGAGCGCAACACAGUGUUUAUUGUCAGUGGCCGUGAGCGUAAAUUCCUUGAGACCUGGUUGAACGGCGUGCGCGUCGGUGUUGCAGCAGAGGACGGUUUCUUCUAUCGUAUGAAUCUGAGUAACACGCGCGAGCGGUGGAAAACCAUGAGCAAAUUUCAGUACGACGUGGCAGCCACCCGAUCUGGAGGGAGUACCGCCGGGGCUGGAGUGGGUAGUGUAAAUGGUGGUAGCUUGGAUGCUUCUUACUCAAGCGAUGCUCACAGCAUGAUGCAUAUGAGCAUGGGCAGUUUUCCGACGUAUGCGCAGCAUGCUUCUGCCCCGGGACCAACUGAUACUGGCGAUGGUGCACCACUCACGGGUGGAAGUAUUGCUCCGACGGACGGACUGCCUUCAUUUGACGGAGAUGAUAUGUCUUGGAAGGACUUAGUGCUGCCGACAAUGCUGAUGUUUACAGAUAGAACACCAGGGAGCUAUAUUGAAGACAAGGAGAGCUCAUUGACGUGGCACUAUGGCGACGCUGAUCCCCAUUUUGGCAGCUGGCAGGCAAAGGACUUACAGAUCAGAUUAGAGCGGCAGCUUAUUGGUACAGCACUGGAAGUCUACCAAGGGCAUAUGUCCGUCAGCGUUGAGCACGAGGGAUGCACGAAAACUCGCGUCCUUGAGGGUAUUCUGAAGCAUUUGUCGCUCCCUGACCAGAUUGCUAAGAAGAGUAACCACGAAGUUGAUUUCGUCCUGUGCGUUUGCGACGACGUGACCGAUGACCAAAUGUUUCAAACGUUGAACACCCUAGUUGUGGAGUCUAAUGAACGUCACAACGAAAGAAAACGAAAAGAGGAGCAAGCGGCGGUGAAUGAACGGAUUCGCCGGAAUUCAAUAGCGAUGGGCAAUCCUAUCCCCGCCCAGUUACAUGCACAACCAGUGCCAUCCGCUGCUCACGUGUCAAAGGCAAAACCCCGCAUGCCAAGACCUAGAAUUGGUAGUGGCAUCACGGAUGAAUUGGAGCCGAUCAAAAAGCUGAAAGGUGGAAUGAAGAAGCGCAAUCAAAGUGGACAGUUGAUAGGGGCUGCAGCCGCUACUGUGCGAGGUCACGAAGACUACUCAACGGACGACGAUGACGAGUUGGAUGUAGGCGAAUAUUUGGACGACGAUGACAACAAAGUAGCUUUCAGGCGCUUGCAAAAGGUGCCAGUGCAACUUGCAGAAAACGUGGCAAUGUUUGCCGUAGUAGUUGGUCCAGAUGUGCAACAUAGCGGAGGCCGUCAUGCCUGUUCUUUUGCAGUGGACUCAUUAGCAGACGUGCGAAAGGUGCUCAAAGAUUUUGUUGACGAAAGUCGCAGAGAAGGGCUGGGGCCAGGGCCAGACACUACCGGCCCAAUCCCAUCUUUCUUGGCAACAGGAGGAGAUUCAGGCGCAACACCACCCUAA